AUGGCAGACACGGCGGCAUCAUCGCCACAGGCCUCGCUGCCCGACUCGCCGUCCCGCUCCCCGUCGCCCUACCUUGCUACCGACCAGCCCGCGUCGGCGGCAGCCCCAUCGCGCCCAGUCUCGCUCCCUGCACCAGCCGCGCCGCACAGGUCCAUCUCCGACCGCAGCAUGACCGACGACGCAGACGCAGACGCAGCCUCGUCCACCCUCAGCUCGUCCCACCAGUCCGACCACCAACCGCCGCCACCCGCCUCCCCCUCCAACACGUCCCAAUCCGACGAUGGACAGGACUUUGCAGACCUUGCUUCGUCAUCCUUCAACCUCGACGACAAGGACCUCGGCACACGCCAGUCGAUCCUGCUCAACGCCACGUCCGGGGCCAGGCUCUCGAGGCGCGGCACCCUCAUACCGGCCUCGACCUCGUCACCACCACCGUCGGAUACGUCCAGCCUGAUGGGCGUCGACGCCGCCUCGGCCACCAGCCUGCCGCACGAGAUCCUGGUCCACAUCUUCCGCUAUGUCGCAGCCUUCCCUCCGGACCUGCUCGCCUGCCUCCAGGUCUGCAAGGCAUGGUGCAUAUGCGGCGUCGAGCUCCUCUGGCACCGGCCCAGCUUCUACAAGAUCUCCUCCCUCUUCAAGCUGAUCGCCGUCAUCCGCAAGCCCGACCAGCUCUUCCCCUAUGCCGACUUUGUCCGCCGCCUCAACUUUACCAUCCUGGCCUCGCAGCUCGAGGACAAGCUCUUUGUCCGCAUGAGCGCCUGCAGCAGGCUCGAGCGGCUGACGCUGGCAGGGUGCUGCCACAUCCAGGACGACACGCUCAUCACCGUCUUUCAAAACACAAAGCAGCUCGUCGCCCUCGACCUGACCGACGUCGCCAACCUCACCGACAGCACGCUGCAGACCCUGGCACGCAACUGCCCACGCCUCCAGGGCAUCAACCUGACCGGGUGCAAGAAGAUCACCUCUGACGGCGUCGUGGCGCUCGCAAAGAGCUGCAAGCUGCUCCGCAGGGUCAAGCUUUGCGGCUGCGAAAACAUUGGCGACGAGGCCCUCAUCGCGCUGGCCGACCACUGCCCCGUGCUGCUCGAGGUCGACAUGAUCAACUGCCCCAACAUCACCGACCGCUCCGUCCGCGAGAUCUGGAAAAAGAGCUUCCACAUGCGCGAGCUCCGCCUUGCCCACUGCGGCGACCUCACCGACGACGCCUUUCCCAGCGCGCGCGGCGGCAAGGGCGUGCCUAUGCUCGGCACGAACCAGAACCUCGCCCUGCGAGCCAGCAUCGCCUCGGCCGGAUACCACGCCAGCGAAUCGGCCCCGGCCAGCCGCGGCUCUUCGCCGGCCCGCUUCGCCGGCGACGGCGAUGCCGACAACGACCCCGCGCGCUUCGCCGCCGCAUCCUCGGCCAGCCUGUCGUCGCCCAUCCCCUCGCAGCGCCUCUUUGACCACCUCCGCAUCCUCGAUCUGACCAGCUGCAACUCGAUCACCGACGACACCGUCGAGGGCAUCGUUGCCAACGUGCCCAGGAUCAAGAACCUCAUCCUCGCCAAGUGCACCCGGCUCACAGACGAGUCUGUCUACAGCAUCAGCAGGCUCGGCAAAAAUCUCCACUAUCUCCAUCUCGGCCACGUGUCGAACAUCACCGAUCGAGCCGUCACCCACCUGGCCAGGUCCUGCACUCGUCUGCGGUACAUCGACCUCGCGUGCUGCCCGCACCUUACGGAUCUCAGCGUCUUUGAGCUGGCUGCCAACCUACCAAAGCUCCGGCGCAUCGGUCUGGUCAAGGUGGUCAACCUCACCGACCAGGCCAUCUACAGCCUCGUCGAUCGGCACACGAGCCUCGAGCGCAUCCACCUCUCCUACUGCGAGAACGUCAGCGUGCCGGCCAUCUUCUGGCUGCUGCAGCGCCUCAACCGGCUGACGCACCUCAGCUUGACUGGGGUGCCUGCCUUCCGCCGUCAGGAGCUCCAGGCCAUGUGCCGGCCCCCGCCCAAGGACUUUAAUGAGCAUCAACGCCAGGCAUUCUGCGUCUUCUCUGGCAAGGGCGUCAACGAGCUCCGUCGGUACCUGCAAAGGGUCUAUAGCGACGAGCAGAUGGCGGCGCAGUUCGGCCCCCUGGACUCCGACAUCCGGCGUGCGUUUACGGCCAUGGUCGAGGAGGACGGCCUCCGCUUCGGCUCCCCGACGCUCCUGCACCGCUCUCGAGCCGCCAGCGACGUCCCCGCCCGGUCGACUGGCGCGGAUCCGCACGCCGCCGGCAACGGGACAGCUGCGCGGCCAGGAGGCACUGCCAUCGCGCACCUCUCCCCGGCCGACCAGCUCUACUACCAGCAGCAGAUGCAGAUCGCCCGUUACACAAACGCCCGACGUGUCGCAGCCGGUGCCGGCGCCGACACCCAGGCCCACGCGCAGGCGCAGAUGCUGACGCCCCAUCAGCACCAGCUGCAGACCCAGCAUCAAACCCAGGAUCAGCAUCGGCAACAAAUUCGGCAAGCACUCGCACAGUACAGGGAUGGACAGCGGCCCGAGCGGGAUCCGCGCGUCGUCGCGGCGCUUGCCGAGGCGCGCAGGGAAGCGCAAGAGCGGAUGGCCGCGGGGCUGCUGCCCCAGAGGCUGGUGGACCUGCACGCCCGGCUCGCCGAUCCCGAUCGCCGCCACGGCCACCAAACAGCCUAUGGGCCUGGGCAUGCACGAGAGCAUGGUCGCGGUUCGCCGGGCCCAGACCAGGGCCAGGACCAGGGCCAAGCAGUAGGCGCAGAGGCCGCCGCCGUCGAACCGAUGGCGGAGGCGCAGGCGGUGGCGGAGCAACCUGCAGAGCCCGUCUUUCCACAGACCCAGGUCCUGGCGGGCGUCGCGACCUCGACUGAUCCGAUCGACGACGACAACGACGACAACGACAACGGCAGUGCCGCGAACGCCUCGUGGUCGCGGUCAACGGCGGGUGGGAUGCAGCAGGGCUAG